AUGCCGUUGCAAGGGGGGCUCAUCUCCAGUCCGUCAACCCCCGUCUCCGACAAUCGUAAGCCCCACGUCCUAAUCGAAACCCUAAUCAAAUUCGCGCAGCGCAUCCACGGCUACUCCUGCCAGGGUACUACACACCUCGACGCCCUCUCAGGCCCGUGGCGUGUUCAUGGACAGCCGCAGCUACGCGAUGCGAUCGAGGAAGCGUCGCGGCGGAUCUCGUUUGCGCAUACGACGCGCGGUGCCUCACGCGAGGCUAUAUCAUUACUUGCUGAUAGAAUCUUUCCCCUUUGCAUCUCCGCAGGCCGCGCCGGCAAUGUCAAUAUCAGUCCUAGCCCUAUGCGAAAGUGA